UUGCAACAAUUCGGGUGACCAGGAAAGGGCAACAAGGACACAAAAUACUCUAGAUCUCUGUUAAAGUCUGAUUAAGUUACUUUAACUGGAAAAUAAAUAUGGACUUGGAAGAAAAUCCAACACAGGAACCAACAGCUGACUUCACAAGAGGCCAUAAUGUGGCUUGUUUGGAUUUGUGUGAUUCCAGACAUCUUGCAAUGCAACACUUCCCCCCACCCCCAGGAAUUAGUAAAGAUCCUUUGUUUUUUGCUAAGUAUAUAUAAGAAAGCAUCCCAUGUAAAUUGGCCUAUUUUCUAUGGAGAAUAAAUACUAGCUGACCUAAUAAAGCUCCAAACGUAUCAAUAGUAUUAUCAUUAGUAUUAUAGUAUUAUGUAUAGUUUUUUUUAUAAACUGAACUGUGAUCAUAAGCUUUUACGGCAAGGUUUGGGCACUAGAGAAUGACUACUUCUGCUGUAGCUAGGGAAAAUAUAACCUACAUGUAUACAAUUUGUAUUCAUAAAACUGUUUAACAAACCUUAACUAGUCAAAGAUUUCAAAUUUCAUUAAGCUUUAUAAAUAUAUUAGUAGGUUAAGAUUCUGUUAGUUCCUCUUGACUGGUUUAAAGAAUAUUUCAAUAUUUUGGCCGCCCAUAUAUAUAUAUUACUACCACUGAGAUUCCAGGUGGACCUUUGGUGCAAUAGCAUUAACAAGGUUUCUUCUACAGAAAUCUUUCAAACUUCAUUGCUCUAGUCUAGCGGAAAGAUAAAUUUUCAUAAUAAAGUGGGAAUUAAUUCAUGUUGCUCUUCAGGUUCUUUACCAAGGGAUUGUAACUAUCAUUUUUUAAACAACAUUGUACCCAUCUUCCCUCCCUCCCUGGGUAGAUGGAUGGAUGGAUAGAUAUUCAUAAUACUAUGAAAGUUUUUUAACAGCUAGCUGGGUGGUAUAUAUUGAUUUUAGAUUUUUAUAUGCAAGACAUAUUACUGUUUCAAACAUAACCUGGUCCCAAGCUAUGAAGGGUGACAACACUUUGAAUUGCACCCAGAAGCAAAUCGGCAACUAAUGCAGCUCCUGCAGGAGAGGUGAUACAGGUGCACACCAAGGUCUAUACAAAACCAUGUAGGCUGCUGCAUUUUGCACCAACUGGACCUUCUGGGUGUUUUUCAGGGGCAGCCCCAUGUACAGCGCAUUGCAAUAGUCAAGACGGGAGGUGACUAGGGCACGAGUGUUGGUCCAGGAAAGGGUGUAACUGCCGCACAACCCACAGUUGUGCAAAGGCCCUCCUGGCUGUGAUUGCCAUCUGCUCUUCGAGCAGGAGUCGUGAGUCCAGGAGAAUCCCCAGAUUAAGCACAGGGUGUUUGGGGCAGUGCCACCCCAUCCAAGACCAAAGAUGGCAAGUCUCCAUAGGCCAAAGAACCCCUAACUCAGAACCAUUUUGUCUUGCAAAAGUUCAGUUUCAACCUGUUGCUCCCCAUCCAGCCCCUAACAGCCUCCAGGCACUGCGAAAGGGAGGUUAUGGCAUCUCUUAACAGCCUUAACUCACCACAGAUUGAGAUAUAAAGCUGAGUAUCAUCAGCAUAUCAAUGAUAUCUCAGUCCAUGGUGAUGGAUGAUCUCACCCAACAGCUUCAUGUAGAUGUCGAAUAGGAGCAGAGAGAGCACCAACUCCUGCAGGACGCUGCAAAGCAGUGGGUGAGGGCUGGAUCUCUCAUUUCCUAUUAACACCAAAUAAGAGUGACCUUGGAGGAAGGAAGUGAACCAGGAUAGCAUAGAACUCCCCACUCCCAACCCCCAAAGCCGUUCCAGGAGGAUGGUAUCAAUGGUAUCAAAAGCCACCGAGCGGUCAAGUAGAGCAAGGAUGGAGGCACUACCCCCAAUCUGGUCCUGCUAGAAAUCAUCAAAAAGUGUGACCAAUGCCGUUUCUGUCCCAUAUCCAAGUCUGAAUCCUGACUGGUAGGGGUCUAGAUAUUCCGUUUCAUCCAGAAACCUCUGGAGCUGCCAUGCAACCACCUUCUCAACAACCUUCCCCAGAAAGGGAAGAUUGAAGACAGGUUGAAAAUUAUCCAACAGGGUGGAAUUCAUCGAUGGCUUCCUGAGAAGAGGGCGGACCACACUUGAAAUUAACACUUCAAUCUGUACAAUAUACACUGUACAACAUACAGUACCUUCAGAUUGAUAUUUAAGAAUUGGUGUCAAGCAUUUUCUCUUUUUUAUAUAAACUGACCCUAUUUCAGAACUGGCUUUUUUUCAUCCCAAGAAGUGCAUUUAAAUAAACAUAACACUGAUUUCAUUUUUUAAAUAAAGCAAAGCUCAACCAUAUUUCUAAAUGGAAAAUAUAAUAAAUUUAAACUGGCAUACAAACUGGUUCUGUAGUUGCUGGCUGUCAGCUUGGCUAUAUGACAUCCUUUUGUAUAGCAGUUUCAAAAUGGUAAUAUAUUCAUUUAAGAUAUGAUUAUAAAUGGCACCUAGUGAUGAUAAUAGUUCUUCCAGGGUCAGAGGCAGGACCUGAAUGAUGAACUCUGGACUUUUAGGAGCAUCCAAUUGGCCACUGUUUCAAAUGGCACGAUAAUCUAGAUAAGCAUGCAAUUUAACCUAGGAUAACUCUUAAAUUCUUACAGACAGCCAUUCUCUGUUCAAUGCAUUCCUACAGUCUACAGUUUUGUUCCACUUGAAGAGGGUUCUUGGCAGAUAUCAAAGGCUUCUUUCCCUCUUUACAAGCCGAAUGGAGAGAAAAAAAAAAGGGGAGAGAAAAAGAGUAGUUGGUUUCCCCCUCCAAUUUCACCUGUGAACUGCAAUGUCUGCUCUAUGGGGAAGCUUGUUCUCCCUAAGCCAGAUAGAUCUGCGGAUCAGCUUUUUUACAUUUCUCUUGGGAGCUGCCAGGUAAGGGUGUGUGCGUGCGUGUGUGCAGGGCCACAGCAGGCGGUGUGGAAAGCUGUGGAACAAAACCAAACUUCUGCAUUAAAAAAAAAGCAUUUUUUUCCCAUCUGCAAAACGUGGAGGUGGCUGGGAUGCCUAACACAGAUUAAAGGGACCUUUCUCUUCUCCUUUGGAAACCCACUUGGGCAUGAAAGUUGGGGCGACGCAUUGCGCCCGGAGAUCGAAUUUCUGCUCGAGCCGGCGGCGGCCUCGCUCGGAAACCCCAAUCCUUGGGAAUUGAACGGCAAAUACCGACACACACCCCCCCGACCCUAACGCGCCUAGUAGCUGCUGAGCACCCUUCAGCCAAGCAGCGAGCCCCAGCCGGACCGCAGUUCUGGCUGUGCGAAACGGGGACGGGACAGAACGGGACGGGACAUCACCCUGCCGGGCGGCAAGGGACGGUAUCCUGCUGGCAGAAGGUCCGCUUCCUGCUCCUCCUCUUUCGGUUGUCGCUUUAGCCGGCUGCCUCUCUGGGCGAAGCAGAAGCUCAGCGCGGUGAGUUAGGAAAAAGGAAUAAGCGGUGGCGGGGUCUGCUGAGCCGGGGAAUCCCCCGGAAUCUCGCCCGCUGGUGGGGUCCGCAGCUGAGGGCAGGGGACUCGGAAAGCAGGUCGCGCUCGCUCGAGUUUUCCGGAAGGGGGAAGAUUGGCUUCUGGCGGGCCUUCCUAGCAGCCUUUUCUGACCUCAAGUAGUAGCAGCACGUCGCCCGGGUCUUCCACUCCGCCGCCUUCAAACCUGGGGGCGGAGAUGGGACUGCGGAAUGACAGAGUCGCCCCCGAGACGAGGCUUCCUUUUUGACUUGGUUUAUUGUUUGAAGCAAAUAACUGAUGAGGGUAAAAGACCCAUCAAAGAUUAUCCAUGAUAAAAAUAAGAGACAAAAAAAGGCAAAUCAGCAUCAGGAUGAAGAUUCUUCAGAUGAUAUUACAGGAUUAACAUGCCAGCAUGUGGGUCAGGCAGUUGACGUCCAUCAUGUGAAGCGAGCAGUGGCUCAAAAUGUUUGGUCAAUAUGCUCAGAGUGCUUAAAGGAAAGGAGAAUAUACAAUGGUGAACCAGUAAUGCCUUCUGAUAUAUGGCUUUGUCUCCGAUGUGGCUUUCAGGGCUGUGGUCAAAAUUCAGAAGAUCAGCAUUCUCUAAAGCAUUUCCAGACUGCACAGGCGGAUUCUCAUUGUAUUGUAAUCAAUCUUAGCACAUGGAUCAUAUGGUGUUAUGAAUGUGAUGAGGAGCUAUCAACACAUUGUAACAAAAAGGCUUUGACACAAAUUGUUGACUUCCUCCAAAGGCAUGUUACGAGAAAUGAAUCAAGUUCAUCAUCAAAAAUUAUAUGGCUGCAUGAAGAAAGCAAUGAAGCCAAUGACAUAUUAAGAGGAAAAGGCCUCAGUUCCAGCUGUGGAUCUGUUCCUGUUAAAGGCAUUAAUAACUUAGGGAACACGUGUUUCUUUAAUGCUGUUAUGCAGAACUUGGCACAGACACACAUGUUAAGUGAGUUAAUGUGCGAAAUGAAAGAAAAGGGGACAAAGCUAAAAAUAGCUCAGAGCCCAGCGUCUCAACUGGAUCCAUUGAUAGUGAAUCUUUCAAAUCCUGGAUCUCUGACUUCAGCCAUGCUCCUGUUCCUUCAUAGCAUGAGAGAUGCUGGGAAAGAUCCUCUUUCUCCUAAAAUUUUGUUCAACCAGCUCUGCCAGAAGGCCCCUCGGUUUAAAGGAUUUCAACAACAGGAUAGCCAGGAGGUGCUCCACUACUUGUUGGAUGCAAUGAGAAUAGAAGAAACGAAGCGCAUACAAGCUGCAAUCUUAAAAGCAUUUAAUAAUCCAACAACUAAAACAGCAGAUGAAGAAACCAAAAGAAAAGUCAAAGCAUAUGGAAGAGAGGGUGUGAAGAUGAAUUUCAUAGACAGGAUUUUUGUGGGUGAAUUGACCAGCACUAUCAUGUGUGAGGAAUGUGAAAACAUUUCCACAGUAAAAGAACCCUUCAUUGAUCUUUCCCUUCCUAUCAUAGAAGAAAGGAUCUCAAAACCUGUUUGUUUUGGAAGGACAAGCAAAGGUAAACAAAUACAAGAAGCAGAUAUUGAUCGAUUCAGCUGUUCUUCCAUAAGAGUUCUGACUAAUCAGCAAUCAAAAUUAUCUAGAAAAUGUUCAUUAACAAAGGAUAAGAACCAAGUAAACCAUGAAAGACGACUUGCCAACAAAUCUGAUGAAAAAGAAACAAGCCCUUUUAUCCUGCCUGGAAAAAUCAGAAACUCUAAAAUAGAAGACAGAGCCAAUCCUUCAUGUGCAAGAGACAGCAGUGCCCUCCUGGACUCUCCAGGAAAUGGAAGUCAGACUGAAGGCAGUGAGAAAGAAGUCAGCCGUUCUGAAAGUAGCAUUGAUGCCGAUAGCGAGGCUUCUGAAAGUGAAAACACUUCUAAGCAAAUGACGGCCAAUAAAACUUGCCCCACGCCUGAUUUGUGCACAAAUGGACACAGACACUUACCUGCAAAUACUAAAAUGCAGUACAGCAAAUCAAGCAAUAGCAGUACAGAGGCACUUACUAGUGCCUUGUCAAAAUUUCACUUUGGAAGCACAGCCAUUGAGAGCGAAGGCCCUCUCAACACUCUUUCGAGCCUGUCGAAGAGCACUGCCUUUUCAACAGAGGGGCAAAACCCUCAAAAUGCUUUCCAGACUCUUUCUCAGAGUUAUGUAACAAGCUCUAAGGAAUGUUCGGUUCAAUCAUGCCUCUAUCAGUUUACCUCCGUGGAGCUGCUAAUGGGAAACAAUAAGCUGCUGUGUGAAAACUGUACAGAUCAGAAGCACAGAAACCAGAAAAAAGCAAAUUCCGCAGAUAAGAAGACAGAAGGUGUCUAUACAAAUGCUAGGAAGCAGCUACUGAUUUCUUUGGUUCCUGCUAUUCUGAUCCUUCAUCUGAAAAGAUUUCAUCAGGCUGGUAUGAGCCUACGAAAAGUAAAUCGGCAUGUAGAUUUCCCACUUGUUUUGGACCUGGCUCCAUUUUGUUCUGCCUUUUGCAAGAAUGUGGCUGACGGUGGGAAGGUCCUCUAUGCGCUUUAUGGAAUAGUAGAGCAUAAUGGUUCAAUGCGGGGAGGUCAUUAUGCAGCUUAUGUAAAAAUCCGAUCAUCGUCUAAAAAACAUUUGGAGCACAAUUCUAGCAAUAAAAAUGUUCAAGGUUUAAAAGAAUCUCUGGGAUCAACUGUAGGACAGUGGGUAUAUGUCAGUGAUACCUAUGUACAAGCAGUCCCAGAAUCAAGAGUAUUAAAUUCACAAGCCUAUUUGCUUUUCUAUGAAAGAAUUCUGUAGCCAUCUUCAUUAUGGAAAAUAGGAAAGCAGUGUUAUUUAACUUGCUUAAGUGCACAGAAAAUUACAGUAUAUAUAAAUAUUGUGCCUUUAUCUGUUCCUCUUCUUCAAUAGAAAAUGUACCCUGGAUUCAGAUUGUAAAUCAUGGCUUGGAUACAGAACAGCUUUCCCCCUCUUUUUUCAUGCAUACAAAAAAUACAAUAGAGUGGCUAACAUUUUUGUUCAGUUGCUAUUUUAAAAGAAUCUAUAGUUUCAUAUGCUUUUAUGAAGAGUUGAGGGCAAAGACUGCAUUGAAAUGGAAAUUAAUAAAAAAAAUUGUCAUAUGUGAUUACAAGGAGGUGGGUGUAUGUGUGUGUUUCUGAAUCCAAGCAGACAUUGCUUUUGGACUCCUAAAUUGUAAUGUGAAACAAUACAUUCUGAAACUAAACAGUAAUGUUUCAAAAUGGGCUAGUUAAAAUCAUGUGCUUUUUCAAAAGUUAACUGCAGGAACAAUCUUGAUAAGACUGACAACCUGAUUUUUCUUCAGUGAAGAAAAAGCUGUUUAUGGACACCAAAGCAUGUUUUUGUAAAAUAUUUGGCACUUGAGAAUUCUUGAAAGAAAUGAUUCUUAUAAAUUUAACAUGUUCCACAAAUGGAAAGUAGUUUUGUUUCAGGAAACAAAAAGGUCAUUCUACAAAACUAGGAUACUAUAUUGUGUGUUCUAAAAGGGAAUGUGGAAGUGCACCUAGGCCUGAUUUUACUCCGGGACGCUUUUCUUUAUUUGAAUAUGCCUUGAAAUCUGAUGAUGUUACAGAUGAAAACUCCAUCCGAAAGCAAGCUAAACAUUCUUCCUGUGAUGUGCUAGCUUUCAAAUUUAGUGAACCCCAAAUCACCUCUGAAUCCAUCUUACUUACACUGUGAAGCUGGAGCAAGCCAUACCUUUUCUUCAUAUAAAUAUAUUGGCAAAUAAAUGCAUGCUUUCUAGAGAACAACUUACUGUCUCUGAACGUUGAGAAACAAUGUCAUACAAAAAAAUCUCAGAGGCACAAGUAUGUGUACUGUAUAUAUGUUUUUACUAUUUACUGCACACUGUUGGGGCCCUGUUUUUAUAAUAAUGUUAAGUAGGUCAAGAAGGGAAUUAAACUAGGAACCCCAACAAGGAAAAGUUAAAUUAACUUUAUCCAAUCAUAUUGUGGGAAUAUAUAAAGACAGGUAGUUGAGUUAUCUACUUAAUACCUGAGAAGAAAAAGACCAGAA